CAGAAAAUGGGGCCCUUCCCUCUUGAGUCUCGCUGCGCUCUCACCUCUUCCUUCUCCUCCUCAUCCUCUGCCUACACCGCUGGGCUGCAUAUCUUUCCCCAAUUUUCCUCAUGAUUCGUUUCCGCUUAAUGUUCUGACUCGUCCCCAAUUGCGCAUCGCUCGUGACUCACUCGCCAUGCAAUCGUUGUAACAGUAUCGCACCCGGUUUAGAUUCUGUAUUCAAACCAGAUGUUUAUCAUGUCCCUCGCUCGCUGCAGACUUUUUACUCAUAUUCCGCUCCAGUUCCAAUUCAGAUUCUGCCGCUGCCCCCACCUCUCGUCCCCCUCUCCGCCUCUACUUAUUCUUGAUCCAUUCGAUCGUUACCCACAUUCUCAACCAUUUCAGCCAUCUCUCUCGAAACCUCAGUCGCUCCACGCACCGGCAGCGCCCACAAAUCUUUUGAGGCACUGAGUGUUACUGGAUGUUCUUGUCGUUGUUGUCAGCUGUUCAUCUUGGCUGUAUUCACGCUGGUUGGCUUUGUUCGUCCGAUUGUGAGGCAAGCGAACUUUUGAAGCGAUUUCAGAGGGGAAUGGCAAUGGUAAUGCGUAUGAUGAGCGGAAGCUCUUACUCAGCGAGGCCAUUUGCACGAUUGUGCGCAGUUGUUGAUGCCAGAGCCCAGUUCUCGACUGCCGCUGUCUCGUCGGUCACCACCACGACCGUCUCAAAGUCCGUCACGUUACCCGUUGGACAUGGCAACGUAGUCGCACAUGGUGAUCCAACGUUUCUGGAGUCUGUAGAUAUUUAUUUCGACAAAGCUGCAGCGAUUGCCGCGACCACUCCUGACAUUCUUGCCCAAAUCAAGGCUUGCAACAACAUUCUUAAAGUGCAAUUUCCCCUCAAGUGUGCCAAUGGUACUGUGGAGCUUAUUGAAGCUUAUCGUGCGCAGCACUCACACCAUCGUCUGCCCGUGAAAGGAGGGAUCCGCAUGGCCCCGAACGUAGAUGCUGAUGAGACAAUGGCCCUAGCAGCUCUUAUGACAUUCAAAUGUGCUGUGGUUGAUGUGCCUUUUGGAGGAGCAAAAGGUGGAAUCAAAAUAGACCCUACGAAGUAUUCUGCGAACGAGAAAGAAGCAAUCAUAAGACGAUACACUAGCGAGUUAGUGAGGAAGAACUUCAUUGGCCCUUCCAUUGAUGUACCGGCUCCUGAUUAUGGAACGGGUCCACAGGAAAUGGCAUGGAUCAAGGAUACUUUUGAACAUCUUCAACCAAACGAUAUCAAUGGUUCCGCAUGCGUGACGGGAAAACCUUUGGAGGAGGGAGGUAUUGAUGGAAGGCAAGAAGCAACAGGACUAGGCGUCUACUUCUGUUUGAGGGAAUUUCUCAACGAUGAGGCUCUCGUGGCUAAGUUGGGCUUGACGACUGGCAUUAAAGGGAAGACUUUCAUAGUGCAGGGUUUCGGGAAUGUGGGUCGCCAUACAAUUGAUAGCAUAUAUGGUGCCGGUGGAAAAAUUAUUGCCAUCGCUGAGGUGGAUGGAGGUCUGGUGGCCGAGUGUGAGGAUGGGAUAGAUAUUCCUGGCUUGAAAGCCUAUUACAAAAAAAAGGGCACGAUCACUGGGUAUCCUGGUGCCAAGACAGUAAAAUUUGCCCAAGGCAUCCUGGAGCUUCCCUGUGAUGUGCUUAUACCUGCUGCAUUAGAAACCCAGAUUCACUCUGGGAAUGCCGGAAAUAUAAAGGCAAAGAUAGUGGCAGAGGCUGCAAAUGGACCAGUGACUCCCUUGGCAGAGACGAUGUUGGAAGAUAACGACGUUGUCAUCUUACCUGAUUUGUUGCUCAAUGCUGGAGGGGUGACGGUCUCAUACUUCGAAUGGCUGAAAAACUUGAACCACAUUCAUUUUGGACGCAUGAGUCGACGGAUGGAAGAAAGAGGAAAGACAGCUCUUAUUGAUGCUCUGGAGAAUCAGUUCGGAAAUGGACACAGGUUCUCCGAUGAAGUCCGAAGCCAAGUUGUUAAGGGGAACACAGAGGUUGAUUUUGUCUGGUCUGGCUUGGAGGAGACGAUGUUGUUGAGUUGGGAAAACGUGAAACGAACUUCUCAAGGGAGGAAUUGUAAUUACCGAACGGCUGCAUACUUGAUUGCUAUUGAGAGAAUUGCAACCUGCUACCGAGUGAGUGGAAUUUUUCCGUGAAUCUAGAGCAGAAACGUAGAUGAGAAGCUUUCAGCUGCCCAUGCUAUACUUUGAAACCAAUGUGGUGAAAAGGAUUACAUUUUGUCUCCAUCAGCGAAGCUCUUUGAAAUAGCCGUGACUCCUUUCUUUAUUCCAAUAACAUGUUUUUCAUAAAUUUUCCCUUGUAACCUGAUCGUCCCAUCGUGUUCAGUCUGCCUGACAACAGAACAUCUGUAUUUAACAACUUCAAAUUGUAGCACUCUCUCUCUAAUUAACUUCAAAUUUGCUGUGACUUCACCACUAAGGAUGCACAGUAGCCUUUUGUGACAAA